CCAUUUUCUGCGCGUCCGGGCCCGGCGAUGGGCUCCUCGAAGCGGCACCGGGAGCGGGGCGAGGCCUCCGAGGACCCCCCGCCGCCGCCGCCACCACCCUCCUCCGGGAGCGGCGCUGCUUCCUCCUCGUCGACCCGCCACCGGGAACACAAGAAGCACAAGCACCGGAGCGGCGGCGGCAGCAGCAGCAACGGCGGCGAGCGGCGGGGCAAGCGCAGCCGCAGCCGGGGCGAGCGGGGCAGCCGGCGGAGUGGCGGGGAUGAGGCCUCCGCCUCCGCUUCCUCCCGGGGGAGCCGCGGCGCCGCCGCCGCGGGCCAGGACGCCGAGGUGGGGAGGCGGAUCAAGCGGGAGAAGCGCGACGAGGGAUACGAAGCGGCGCAGAGCUCAGUUGUUGGUUCAAAGUCGAGCUCAGGAGACGCUUCCCUCAGCAUCGAGGAGACAAAUAAACUUCGGGCUAAACUUGGGCUGAAGCCUCUGGAGAUAAACACCGUCAAAAAGGAGACGGGCAGCAAGGAGGACCCCGUGGCAGCUGACGUCAUCAACCCAAUAGUGCUGAAGCAGCGAGAGGAGAUCAGGGAGAAGCUUGCUGCUGCCAAGGAGAAGAGGCUCCUGAACCAGAAACUCGGGAAGAUCAAGGCACUUGGUGAAGAUGACCCCUGGCUGGACGACACGGCGGCCUGGAUCGAGAGAAGCCGGAAGCUGCAGCUGGAGAAGGACAUGGCUGAGAAGAGGGCCAAGCUCUUGGAAGAGAUGGACCAGGAGUUCGGCAUCAGCAGCCUGGUGGAGGAGGAAUUUGGGCAAAAGAAGAAGCAGGUGGGCUACAGCUCGCGAGACUUGAAGGGCCUGACGGUGGAACACACCAUUGAUUCCUUCCAGGAAGGGGAGACGGUCAUCCUGACCCUCAAAGACAAAGGUGUUUUGGAGGAGGAGGGCGGCGACGUCCUGGUGAACGUCAACAUGGUAGACAAGGAGAAGGCCAAGAAGAACGUGGAGUUGCGCAAGAAGAAACCGGAAUACAAGCCCUACGAGGAAGAGGAGAGCGUGGACGACAUGGUGAUCCUCAAGCACAAGGGUGUCCUGUCCAAGUACGACGAAGAGAUCGAGGGGGAGAAGAAGAAAUCCUUCCAGCUGGACUCGGUGGGGAUGGCCGACGGGUCCUGGGAGCGGGAGCUGCAGCAGAUCCGGGACAGCCUGCACCUGCGGGCUCAGACCCUGGACGUGCCCGGCCUGCGCUUGGCCUCCGAGUACUUCACCCCGGAAGAGAUGAACGUCACUUUCAAGAAGACGAAGCGCCGGGUGAAGAAGAUCCGCAAGAAGGAGAAGCCGGUGAAAGCCGAUGAUCUGCUGCCGCUGAGCGACGAGAGGAGCGAGCGGGACUUCGGCUCCAGGCUCCGUGGUCGGGGGAGGCGGAGGAGGCCUGUUCAGGUGGAGGAGGAGGACGAGGAAGACGACGACGACGGGUACAGAGAAUACAGCCGGAACGGGGGCGCCGAGCCCUUGCCCCCAUCGGACGACGUCCGGGUGGAGAGGAUGGAGAUCAGCAGCGAGGACGAAGAGGCUCCGGAGGACCCAGACUAUCCCGCCGCCCUGGAGGAGGACGAGGCUGAGCUGGAGCUGCAGAAGCAGCUGGAGAAAGGGCGCAAGCUGAGGCAGAUCCAGCUGCUGAAAGACAGUGGGGAGAAGGUGAUCGAAAUCGUGAAGAAGCUGGAGACGGGCCGCAGCCAGGAGGACGACGAGGAGCUGGAGAAGAAGGGGGCCAUCGUCUUCAACGCCACCUCCGAGUUCUGCCGCACACUGGGCGAGAUCCCCACCUACGGGCUGGCCGGCAACCGUGAGGACCAGGAAGAGCUCAUGGACUUUGAGCGCGACGACGAGAGGUCAGCCAACGGGGGCUCAGACUCCGACGGCGAGGAGAACAUUGGCUGGAGCACGGUCAACCUAGACGAGGAAAAGCAGCAGCAGGACUUCUCCGCCUCCUCCACCACCAUCUUGGAUGAGGAGCCCAUUGUCAACCGGGGCCUGGCUGCUGCCCUUCUGCUCUGCCAAAACAAAGGCUUGCUAGAAACCACUGUGCAGAAGGUGGCAAGAGUGAAGGCCCCCAACAAGUCGCUGCCGUCGGCCGUCUACUGCAUCGAGGACAAGAUGGCCAUCGAUGACAAGUACAGUCGCCGGGAAGAGUACCGGGGCUUCACCCAGGAUUUCAAGGAGAAGGACGGGUACAGGCCGGAUGUCAAGAUUGAAUAUGUGGAUGAGACGGGGCGCAAACUCACGCCCAAGGAGGCGUUCCGGCAGCUCUCCCACCGUUUCCACGGCAAGGGCUCCGGCAAGAUGAAGACGGAGCGGCGCAUGAAGAAGCUGGACGAGGAAGCGCUCUUGAAGAAGAUGAGCUCUAGCGACACCCCUCUGGGCACUGUGGCUUUGCUGCAGGAGAAGCAGAAGGCCCAGAAGACCCCUUACAUCGUGCUCAGCGGCAGCGGCAAGAGCAUGAACGCAAACACCAUCACCAAAUGAAAUUCCUGCUUCCUUUUGCUGGACAACACCUGCUCCUUUUGGGGGUCUCUGGAGCAGUUCUGUGCGUGGGGUGCACAUGCAGGACCUGCACCCUUUGCUUCUCAUGGGAAUCUUGUUUAAUACGGACCUGCUUUGUAUAUAGUUGUGGAGCUGAGAUUUUAAGCACCAUGUGUCUCCCCCCCCCCAUUGUAUCUAUAUGUGAACCCUAAUAGCUCGAGUAAAUGUAACUGCAUCCUCA